UUGUGGCCAGAUAAGGUACUGCAGGCGGAAGUGCUUCACCUGUUGAUGUAAAAACUGUUCCUCUUCCAAGAAACUUUGGUAGCUCACCUGUUCUACCUGGAACCACCGAACCGCGGACUGCUGGAAGGUUCUGGAGCUCUGCGGUGGUUCGGGUCGUUUAUGGAUAAACUGAAGCAGGUCCUGAGCGGGCAGGAUGGCGGCAGCUCGGAUGGAGGCGGCAUACUGGAGACAGCCAAUCAGGCGUCCUCGCUGUCCUGGGGGACCAGGAUGAAGGGCUUCCUGAUCUGCUUCAUUCUGGGGGCCCUCUGCUCCAUCCUGGCGACCUGCCUGCUGUGGCUCCCAGGUUUUGGACUUCCUGUGUUCGCUGUCCUCUACACGUUUGGAAACAUCUGCGCUCUGGCCAGCACCAUGUUCCUGAUUGGUCCGUUACGACAGCUGAAGAACAUGUGUGCUAAAGUCCGAGCGCUUGCCACCACCGUCAUGCUGGUUUGUCUGGUUCUGACUCUGUGCGCUGCGUUCUGGUGGAAGAACAACGGCUUGGCUCUGCUCUUCUGUGUGCUGCAGUUUCUGGCCUUCACCUGGUACGGCCUCUCCUACAUCCCCUUCGCCAGGGACGCCGUCCUCAAGUUGUUCUCACUCUGCAUUUAGAGUCAGCAGCUGGCUGACCAAUCAGGACGCAGGAUACUGUGACGUGUGUCCAGUCAGGAAGGUCCAAUAAUCACAUUAUUAGUGCCGUUCAUUGAAAGUCUCGUUUUAGUCCGAUGUUUUUACCAGAAUAAUGCAGCUUUACGGUUUAUUUAUGAAUGAUUUUAGCUUAUUUAAAGUCAUAAAUGAGCUUUCAGGAACUUCCAUAAUCAUCAUUACAAGCAAACAUUUCCAACACGAUGUAAAGAAGAUGAUACCUGGUCGCAUGGAUUAAUGCAGAUCUGAUCCAAACCUGCUGGUACCUGAGGAGAGCUGCAGCUUUAAACCAGACUGUAUAAAUGGUUCAGCUAAAGGCCACCUUCUCUUCCUACUGGUUAGUCUGGCAUCAAACCGUGGUGGACCAGUUUCUUCCAGUCCAGAGAACUUGUAAUAUUUGCUGCAGCAGAGACGACCGAAGGCUGCAGCUUUGAAAUAAUCAUUGUUGGUUUAUCGGUGUGAGAUUACACUACAGCUUGUUUGGUACCGCGCUCUGAAUGGGUCAAAUCAGGCAGAAAUCUGGACUUUUUCAGGAGGUUGAGUCACAGAGACUUUUAUUUUGGAGCAACAGAAAACAUCUGAAAAGAACAACCUAAAGGAAAAUGUGAAACAACAGGUUAAGAUGUUUUUACAGAUUUCACAGCCUAAUCAGAUGAUUUUUAGUUUCAUUUCUUUUCCACCUCUCUGACCCUGAUAAGAUUUCCUCCACUGUGUGUGUGUAUGUAUCUGGUUCUGCUGUUGGUUCUGGUACCGUCUCCUGUGUGAUGAGUGUGUUUUUCUAUAUAACUUCAUUAUUAUUAGCAACAUUUCAUCAGAAUCAUAAACUAAAACUGUUUUUUCUCACUGUGUUCAGGAUGAAUGUUUGUUGGUCCCUGAAAGAAAAUGAUUGUAAAGAUUUCUCGUUUUAAAAUCAAACUUUAAUCAAGUUUUUAACAUUUCAUUGAAAAUCUUAAAUUAUUAAACCUUUUUCCAGCCACUGAAUGUAUUCAAAUGAGUGCAAACAUGACUUUAACUGGGAGGCCCUGGACCAGAGACCACUGAGGCCAUUCAAGCAUUAGAUCGACCCCUAGCGCCCCCUUCAGUCUGGAUGGAGAGCAGGCGAGGAUGUGAAAGACGAGCCAGCAGCUGGUGGAUCUCUGCAGGGUGUAGCUGACUCAGGUUGAGAUGUUUUAUAGUCCUGUAGGCAUCAUAGAUGUUCUGCAUCUUCACCCUCCCCCACCAGGCUGGUGCAACGUAAGGAUGUCCUGGCCAGGAUAAAAACGAUUUAAAAAAGAAGCACUUGUUCUCAUCAUGGUCAGGCCCUCUGGACCUGGAAGGAGGACCUCCUGGUGCAGAAGAACUGUGGUCUAAGUUCUGUAGAAAGAUGUCCUUCACCUGCAUUGCGCUGAUUGAAAGAAGUGGAGUUUCUUCCUUCUCCGAGAAGCUGAAACUGAUGGUGCAGGUCCAGAAACCUCCCAUGUAAUUAAGGAGAUUGUGCAGAUUGUAACAAAGUCAUGGAAGCAACCUAGAGAGGUUGGAUCUUCCAGGGCGUGCCUCCAUCCUGGAGCUGCCUGGGCUCUGAGGUGUGACCCUGAGUGGAUCUGAUGGUGCAUCACGCUAAGGCAGGUUUUCCAGCCAGGUUGGAGAAGGUUGUGGAGAUGGCAGGAGGGUCUUCAUCCGGUCUGAAGGGGGCUUUAACUAACAGAAGAACAAACACACAGACCCUUUAAAACAUGUCAAAGGUCAGAGUUGAUCAUGUUUUCUUGGUACUGGUUGAGAAAAGUGCUUCCAGCACACAUCGGUACCGGUUCUGAAGACCAUAUUGGGCUGUUUUCAUUGAAGCAUGCCGUGAGGUCAGAGGUGAAAUGAUUCCUUAAUCGUGAAAAUAUUCCAGGUUUGCUGAUUUCGUUUUUCUAAUUUUAUCAUUUAAAACAUAUUUAUGAACCUUCUGGUUAUUUGGUCCAGAUCAUACAGAACCUCUACAGAACCAUUUCACUUCUCAUGUAAUUCACCUUCCUCUGUGUUUCCUGUCAAACCUCAAUAAAUGUUUGUGCUGUUGAAGCAAA